UGCUGGCACCGGCAGGACACCGGGGGCUGCACCCAACCGGUGCCUGGGACGCGUUCCCGGCCCAGACCCCCGCCCGGACCCUCCGCUCUGACCCUCACCCGGAGCCCCCGCCGGGACGGUCCCCGGGCAGGGCCGAGCCCGGGUGCCCGCCGGGGUCCCUACGGAGCACCGGGCACCGAGGCAGCGGCCGGUCCUCAGCAUCCUUCCGUCCCGCAGCUCCGCCGGGGCCCGGAGCAGGCGCGGGUGCCCGUCCCGGGGCCGGUCUCGGUGCGGGGGCGGUCCCGGGGGCGGGGCCCGAGGCUGAGGGGCGGUCCCGGUGCCGGUGCCCGUUCCUCCGCCGCCAGCUCGGCCAUGCCGUUCCCCGCCGCGCUGCUGUUCGUGGCACUGCUGCUGCCGCCGCCGCCGCUCUGCCGCGCUGCCGAGAGCGAAACCGAAACCGGCGCCCGGGAGCUACGGCUGGAAACGAUCGUGCCCCCCCCCGAGGGCUGCACGGAGCUGUCGGCGCCGGGGGACACGGUGCACAUCCACUACACGGGCACGCUGGAGGACGGCCGGAUCAUCGACUCCUCGCUGAGCCGGGACCCCCUCCAGGUGGAGCUGGGCAAGCACCAAGUCAUUCCUGGUCUGGAGCAGAGUCUGCUGGACAUGUGUGUGGGGGAGAAGCGCAGAGCCAUCAUUCCCCCUCACUUAGCCUACGGCAAGCGGGGCUCCCCCCCCACCAUCCCAGGUGACGCGGUGCUGCGCUUCGAGGUGGAGCUGGUGGGGUUGUCCCGGGCCAGUUACUGGCAGAAGGUGGUGAACGAGGUGGUGCCACUGCUGUGCCUGGGGCUGGUGCCAGCACUGCUGGGGCUCAUCGGGUUCCACCUAUACCGCAAGGCCAGCAGCCCCAAGCUCUCCAAGAAAAAGCAGAAGGAGGAGAAGAGGAACAAAGCCAAAAAGAAAUAAAACCUUCCCCUCGGCA